AUACAAUGGUAGUGGAAAGUAGAAGAAAACCCCGCAGUGGAAGUUUUGAAUGUUUCAGUGUCAUACAGCCCCGCUGUUCUGGACCUAAACAGUCCACUGCGGAUUUUUUUUUUUGGCAACGGUUGCUGUAAACUGGACGAAAAAAUGUACUUUACAUUACUCUACCAAUAAUUUAAAAGCACAGAAUACACUAGAAGUUUGCAUUGGAUUACGCGAUCCAUGGUCUGUAAUUGUAUUUGUUUACAUAUGUGUAUUUGUGUGCAUAUUUAAUUUUCCUUUGUAUAUAUGUGUAUAUAUUGAUGCUCUAAAAUAACAUUCAUGACCAAUUAUGGCUUUUACGCCUGACGCCGUUGCAAUCCAACAAGUUCAAGAACGAUUGAAAUCCUUGCACUCGAUCGUUCAUGAAAUUGAAAAGAAAAGGCAAUUAUGUGAACAGAGCGUCAGCACUCUUCAAAAAUACAGUAGCGAUGAAAGCGGACAGAGUUCAAAGAAAAUUAAAUCAAUGUGCAAAACAUUGAUGACCCAGACAGAAGCAGAGCGCGAGGUUAUACAGAGAGCCCUUCAAAAAAUUUACGAGAUAAGGAGUAUAAAGAACGAGAGGCGAAUACAGGCCCGUCUGUUGUCUGUAAAUAAAGAAUCGAUCAGGAGCGGGACGUGGAUGAAAAUGUUACUUAGUUCUGCGCAAACUUUGCCGCUGUUUGUUGGUAAAGUCGGAGAAAAACCACCGCCCCUUUGCGGAGCUAUUCCAGCUGAAAGAAAUUAUAUAGCAAAGGUGGGUGACAUGGUUGCCGCCUUGGUUACCGACGAUAAUGGCGAAAAUUGGAUUUUGGCCGAAGUUGUAAGCUUCAACCACAAUACCAGCAAAUAUGAAGUCGAUGAUAUACUGAAAGAGCAAAAUCAAGAGGGGAGGCACACCUUGAAUAAAAAGCGAGUGGUACCUUUGACUUUAAUGAGGGCCAACCCGGAAACAAAUCCGGAAGCUCUCUUCCGACAGGGCACUCUGGUUUUAGCGUUGUUCCCUCAAACGACUUGCUUCUACAAAGCGUUGAUUAAUAAACCACCUGCAACCCAUAUGGACGAGUACGAGGUACUGUUCGAAGAUUCGAAUUAUCAAAAAGGUUAUAGUCCGCCCUUGCAAGUGGCUCAACGCUACGUUAUUCCCUUUAAGCAGAGAUUAAAGACCAGCGCCACCACGAGUGUGGCCACAACUUCGCAGCCCGGCUCGGAUAAUGAUUCCGAGGAUAGCUACUUUAGUGUGAAGAGUAAUGUUUAAGAUUAUUUUAUAAGGUUUCGACUUAUUAAAGUUAUUUUUUACAAACGUGCGACUUUGGGUUCCUUUUUUGUACUAGUUUAAAUGAAAUCUCUUUGCUCAAUACACUUUUACCUUAUGCUGGGAUCUUUUGAGAUUUCUGUACGAAAAAGUUAUAGUGUUAAUUUUAAAGGAGAUGGGUCUAGUAUUUUACCAAACACAUUACCAACAACUAUGACUUCUGAUUAUAAUAUUGGAUAUUAUACAGAUAAAUAUGAAACAGCAAUUGAAAAAAUUGGUUUUCAUUUUCACUCUGGAACGCCUUUAAAUAAUUUCGCACAACCUCAAGUACAUGUUGGUAUUACUUCAAUUCCGCAAUUAAAUCCUGCAACUGAUGUCACUUUAUUGCAAAAUACUGCAGCAUAUUUCGA